AUGCGCAAAAAGUGGCAAGUACAACAGCCAGUAACCUCGCUGAGAAAGUGGCAACAUUCCAAGUACCCGUCUUCAAUUACGCAACCCUCUCCACUGGUUUGCCGCUCGUACCUCGAUAUGGCCGCUGCGUGUGCAGUAUCCGCCCAAGAGACCAACGCCGACUUCCUGAUCCAAAAGACGUUCACGGAUGGCACGAAACGCUACACCAUCAGCGCACAAUCGGGUCAGGAUGCGAACGCCAACGACAUUCCUACCGAUCUGACGUGUCCGGGUUACAAGGAAAUUUACAGCCAAUUCUCGUCGCUGCUCGAGAUGGUGGUGCUUAGUGUGGCCACGACGCUCGAUGCCACCAAUUUCACUAUCAAGGACGGCUAUGGACAAGUCGUCUCUAGCCGUAAACUCAUGACGGAUGCCGUCCGUCUUGACCACUUUCACGCCUACGAGACGCCUUCUCAGCGCAGGCUUAUGACUGCGUUCUCUGGCACCGAUACGAACUCCUCGGCCGACAUCAACUUUACGUUCGACCUGCACGAGGACAACGGUAUGUUUAUUGUGUUUCCGACGCCUGCUUUCUAUCAAGUAAGUGACAACGGCUUUAACCACAAGUUUGAGUCAGUGUUGCCCUCCGGCAUAAAUGGUUUGGAAACGGGCUUUUUCAUUCAGACCCAUGACGGUCAACUCGUGGAACCUAUUUUAAAACCCGACUACGUGACACUCAUGGUGGGCACGGAGUUUAACCAGUGGAUGCUUUCGUCGCAUCAUUUGCCGACCGUGACGCAUGCCAUGCGCAUGCCGAAGAUUGAUAUGAUGCCGACACAGUGA